AUGGGAAUUUUAUUGAAUGAAGAAGGCCUUUGGGGUGUAGCUGUACGAAUGCUCAGCACGUUCUGGUUUGCCGAAGGUGAACCUGGUGACCCUGGAGAGAAGGGCCCAGUGGGACCAGCUGGACAGAGAGGCAUGCCUGGUAUGGAUGGCAGAGAUGCCUAUGGUCCUGAAGGAAACAAAGGAGCAAAGGGAAAGGGAGAAUCUGGAUUCACAGGAUAUCCUGGUCCAGAGGGAGAAGAUGGAGACCCAGGCAUUCCAGGAGCUGAAGGACCCAAAGGAGUUAGGGGUAGAAGAGGUAAUGCUGGCACACCAGGUUCCUUGGGAGAUCCAGGGGACCAAGGGCCACCAGGACCUAUGGGUGCCAAAGGACCAAUGGGCACCAUUUUAAUGGAACCUUGUGAACUUGUGAAUUUUACACGAAAGAACUGCCCUUGCUCAUCAGGUAAGUCCACAUGUCCAGUUUACCCAACUGAAGUGGUUUUUGCCCUUGAUAUGUCUGAAGAUGUUACUCCAGCUGCAUUUGAGAGAAUGAGGAAUGUUGUUAUGUUAUUGCUGAAGACCAUUAAGAUCAGUGAAAGCAACUGCCCAACAGGCGCCCGUGUCUCAGUUGUUUCUUUCAAUACCAAUAUGCGCUAUCUCAUCCGGUUCUCAGAAUUCCAAAAAAGCAACUUGCUGCUACAGGCAGUCCAGAGAAUACCACUAGAGAGAUCCACUGGAAAACGUAAUAUUGGGGCAGCCAUGAGAUUUGUUGCAAGAAAUGUCUUCAAACGUGUUCGUCAGGGCAUCCUCGUGAGAAAAGUUGCCCUAUUUUUUGCCAACGGUCCAUCACAGGAUGAUGUUGCCAUCAGCACAGCUGUGCUUGAGUUGAGUGCCUUGGAUAUUAUUCCAGUGGUUAUUGCCUUCAGUGAAGUGCCAAAUGUCAGACGUGCCUUCUCAAUCGAUAAUGCUGGAAGAUUUCAAUUAUUUGUCUGGGAAAGGCAACAAGAUGAAAGUUUGGAGAAUAUCACGUAUUGUACACUUUGCUUUGAUAAAUGCAAACCUAGUGCCAACUGUGUGGUGCCCUUUUCUCGCCCUGUUGUGAUGGAUAUGGAUAUCACUUACAUCCUGGACAGCUCUCACAGUAUCAGCAGUGAAGAGUUUCAGAGAGCCAAAGACUUUGUGAGCAGCAUGCUUGAUCAGUUUGUUGUUUCCUCACAGCCAAACGAAUCAUAUGGAGGCAUCAGAGUGGCACUGGUGCAGCAGGCUCCCAGGGGCUUCCUACCUGACAGAAAUCAGACCCCUGUGGCCUUGGAAUUUGAUCUAGUCACAUACAGCAAUAAAGAUUUGAUGAAGAAACAUAUCCAAGAGUCUGUUCACCAACUGGAAGGGCCAUCAGCCAUUGCUUCUGCCUUACAGUGGACAGUUGAAAAUGUAUUCUUUAAAGCCCCCAGACAAAGAAAACACAGGGUCAUAUUUACAGUAAUUGGAAGCAAAACAAGUACGUGGGACAAAGAGAAGCUGAAAGAGAUUUCACUUGGAGCCAAAUGCCAAGGAUUCACCUUGUUCACUCUUGCACUUGGCAGUGAUAUGAGUGACAAUGAGCUGAUAGAGCUGUCAAGCUCCCCCACAGACCAGCACUUACUGACAUUGGGCAGGGUUUCAACAACUGAGAUGGUAUAUGCCCAGAGGUUUAGCCAGGCGUUUCUGCAUCUCCUACAACAGGACAUGAACAGUUAUCCUUCACCUGAACUUCAAGAAGAAUGUGAAAACUUAGAUCAGGGAGACACACAACAGCAAGUGUCUAUGAUUGAAAGGUUUGGAAUUAUCUAUUAA